GUGUGGGUAUCUAAUUGGGCGGCAGGCAGGCAGACCGCAAUGCGUCGCGUCGCCUCGCCUCGACUUCGUUGUUGUACUCCGCUGCUGCUGCCGAGUCCCAGGCCCAGACACACAGACCCGCCACAGAACCGCAACCACAGACCUGAAACCACAGCCAGAGCCGGAGUCGGCACCCAAUUAAUUGUUACUGUUAAAUGCACCGCGGAAAUCGAAGUCUGAAAGUUCCUACCAAAAAAUAAUAUAUUGUACUAAACACCUUUUCGCGCCACUUUUGAGCCACGCCCGUUUGCCGCCCCCUAGCUCUGAUAAACCCCCAACACACAGUGGACGGACGGUCAACCAGUGCAUGUGAUAAUAAUUUUCAAAAAAAAAAAGAAACAACAGAAAUCAAGUGAUAAAAGCGAAACUUAGAUAAAACAUUGGAACACCAUCCAAACACUAGACUACACUUCACCCCCGAAGAGAGCUUGCAAGGAGGAGAGCAGAAGGGAGGAAACGCACAUUGAUGGUCUGCAAAAUUAUCUCAACGAAUGUCAAGAUGCAGCUGAAGAUGGAAACGCAGACAACGCAGCAGCAACAGCAGCAGCAGCAACAAUUGCAACAGCAGCAACACCAACAGCAACAACAGCAGCAGCAGCAGCAGCAACAACAGCAACAGCAGCAACAACAGCAGCAGGUCCAGGUCCUGACCAAGCAGCAGAUCCCAUUGAUAGACAAGAUCAAGCUAGAGGCCAGCAAUGGAGCCGAGCAACUGAGUCAGCAGACAGCCAGCGCCCUGGAGGAGCAACAGGAACAGCAGCAGCAGCAGCAGCAGCAGCAACCAGCAACAUCCGUGGGAGGAGUCAGCAGUGAUCCUGAAGAGCAGUACGUGGUGGUGCCACGCACCCAGCAGAGGCGCAUCCUUACCACAGCGGGAACACUAGAACUCAACGAAGCUCGGGAGGGAGAGCCCAGCAGUGGGAGCUCUGGUUCCGCCUCGGAGGGGCACAUCGUGUACCAGCGCAGCUCGCACCAUUCCCCUGGGGCUGCACACGCCACGCACUACGUCCAGAUGGCGCCGCGCAAUGCCGAGGUGCCAGAGGUGCCAUCAGGUGCGCCACCGGGCACCCUCUACGCCUAUCCCUCAGGGCAGAUCAUCUGCAGCGGCGAGGAUGUGACGGCCAUCAAGAUAGAGACCGUCGAGAAGGGCGAGGUGCCAGGGGAGUCGCAGCAGCUGCAUUCCCACCAGCAACAGCAGCAACAGCAAUUGCAACAUCAGCAGCAGCAGCAGCAGCAGCAGCAGCAGUGUCCCACCCCCAAUGGAGCCGCCUAUGGGGAGGCCAUUGUGAUCAGUCGAGAGGCAGAGGCACUGCAGCAUCACCACCAGCAACAGCAGCAGCAGCAGCAGCAGCAACAUCAGCAGCAGCAGCAACAUCCGGCAUCAGCGGUGCACAUCGCCAGCAGUUCCCAUGGCGGUACCGUGCGCUUUGUGUCCGAAGACGGACGCUUCUCCACUGCUGUGCCUGAGGCGUCCGGCUCCACGCUGUACUACGAUGUGCCCGUGGUGGAUGCCAGUGUCCAUGCCAACGAGUCCAAGACGUACGCGGACCUGGGCAACGCCUAUGCCUUCCCUCCGAGCUCCAGUUUCACGAGCAACAGCUACGCGGCCACCCUGCAGCAGGGGAACACCAUCUACACAGUGCCCGGGGGCCAGUUCUUGGCAAAGUCCGAGGCGAGUCUCAACUCCCUGCGGCAGACAGGACCGACGACCUUUCUGAACCCCUUCCCAGACGGCAGCCAAGCCAUCGACCUGUGGACAUCGCCCGCUCCGCCAGAGUACCAGAAUACACCAUUUACUAACUUCCAUCCGCAGGUAAUGGACGAGUAUGCCUCCAGCAACAUGACCACCACCCACUGGUCGCCCGCCAGCAGCAUCGGGCAGUACGAUGGCAGCCUGGUCACAGCCUCCGCCACAUCCUCUCCGAACCACGAGCUCAAAUGCGAGAGCUGUCAUUCGCCGUUCGUCCGCAAGGGCACGGACUUCUUCUGCCCCAAUUGCAGCUUCAUACGCAUGACCCCACGCAUGCCCCCGCGGCAGGCGAAGCCAAAGACCCCUGCGGCACCCAACAAUCGCCGGAACGGAGUGACCUGCGCCAACUGCCAGACCAACUCCACGACUCUUUGGCGGCGCAACAACGAGGGCAAUCCCGUGUGCAACGCCUGCGGCCUGUACUUCAAGCUGCACAGCCUGAACCGGCCGCUCUCGAUGAAGAAGGAGGGCAUCCAGAAGCGGAAGCGCAAGCCAAAGAACAAUGGAGGAGCGCCCAUACACAGGCACGCCCAGGCACCACUGCCAAGCAUGUCGCAAGGUGUCAAUCUGAUGGUGAACAACGCCCCUCUGUAUCCAUCCCAAGUGCCCAUGAAUAUGCUGCACAGCCAGCAGAAUGCCAGUCCCGAGCUGCACGACAUGUCCACGACGGGACCGGCCGGAGGAUCACGUGUGGUGGCCAUUCAGGUGCAGAAUGCCACGGGUGCAACGCCCAGUUCCGAGGGGACUCUGAAUAUGUCCGCCCGCCACCAUGUGACCGGUGAGAGCCAUUCGCCGUACAGCCAGCAGACGACACCGUCGCAGAGUCAGUCGCCGCAUUUACCCAGCCCCGUAACCCUCAAUCGCCAGAUAGUCCAGCCAGUACCUGCCAUUGAGAGCGGUCGCAGUUCCUCCAACAACAACAACAGCGAACUCCCACCGAGCGUCAUAACGCGCACUGGUUUGCCGGAGCGAUCAUCGAAUAACUAAACUUUAAAGCGAACUAAAAGUAAAGCAAACCAAAAUGUCAAGAUUGCCAAAAUAUUUAUUUAAGCUAUAGCUUUAAGAUCUACAUAUGUACUAUAUCUAUUGUGUAGUAGUAUCCAAUGCCCCAGUUAGGAGGAGGACGAAAGGAAGGAAACUUUUGUUGAUCAGAGGAAUACUUGAAAAGUUUCUGGAUAAACCAAUCAAUCAAUCAUACCGUUUAGUCAAUCAUUUGAAAUGAUUUGUGGACCCGUAUUCCGAGCACUCUAGAAGUAUUUUAGCGAAAAACAAAAGCACGAGAAGACCAUAAAGAAGCCUACGAUUUUGUAUGUUUAAAUCAAAUAAAUAAAUAAGUUGUAAACGCAG